CAACAUCUGUCACGUGACGACGCCGUUGUCUACGUGACGUGACACAGAAGUGUUAGCUUGACAACUUUCAUUUUGUCCUUAAGGGCUGUGAUAGGACGCCCAGAGAGAAUGGAAGGGUUUCCUCUGACUUUUACAGAGGCAGUGUGCCUUGGUGCCAGCUUGAGCCUCUCUGGAGUCUUUUACUGUCUAUACAAAAGAAGUAGAUUAACGGUUAAGAAACUUGAAAAUGCUCCACACAUUAGUAUAGAUGGAAAACUCAAAGACCUUUUGAAAGUUACUCCUGGAGGCUGCUUACAGUAUGCUGUGGUUGAAGGUACGGUAAAACCAGUGGAUGAGCCUCUAACAAGCCAUUUCAACAAAGACAUUUCUGGUGUGUUGCAAAAAUUUACAAUUAAAGAGCACAGGCUGAUAUGGAGCAGCAUUUCCCGCACAUGGAUGGACUCAGAACGCAUCUUACAUCAAAGAGUGAAUAUGGUGCCUUUUGCUUUGUUUGGAUUAGACAAGGCUGCAGUCAAAGUUCAGUCUCCUCUGCAAGCAGAUGGAAUAUACACAGAGGUCAUCAAUGAGAAAUUUCACCAGCCCACUCUUAGUUUUGGAGAGCUUGUAGGAGUUUACUUCAGUGGAGAAAAGCCUAAAGGAGUCCUGGAGAUUGAAGAAAUGCUUAAGGUGGGUACGACUCUUACCGGCGUCGGCGAGUUGACCCUAGACACAGACGGCACCGUGACUCUUCGUCCCCCCUCUGAUAAUUCUCCAUAUUUCUUGAGCUUGACAGACUUUGAAAACCUGCGAAAUGAAACUUGCAACAUAGCUGUUUUUUGGAAGGUGCUAGUUGUUGUCUCGGCUUUGGCCGGGACAGCAGUGCUCUUCUGGGCCGGCCUACGAUUCUACCGCACCUUUAAGGAUCGCUGGGAGCAGGACGCAGCAUCCAGGGAGUUUGCCCGUCAGCAAGCUGAAGCCGCAAGACUGCGUGCCGAAAGAGCAAAUGCAGAAGGUUCUGAAGAGGAAGACAACAAUCAAAUGGGGAAUGUCUGUGUGAUCUGUCUCAGUGAACCAAGGGACUGCAUCCUGUUGGACUGUGCACACGUAUGCUGCUGCUUCACCUGCUACCAGGCCCUCCCACAAAGAACGUGCCCCAUCUGUCGGCAGAACAUUGCCCGGGUUCUGCCGUUUUAUCAGCCUUAAGGCGCCUGUGUGACCAUAUACCUUCAGGGCACUAAGGCUCUACAAUAAAUCUGAAAUAAAAAAGACUUUGGAAACGGUUUUUCACUAAGCGAGGUACAAUGUUAAACGGUCACAAGAAAAAAGAAAAGUGUAUGAUAUGUGCAUUUUCUUGUAAUAGAGAGUUUUAUUUUUGGUAAAUGUGCCUUAUGAGAAAAAAAAACACAAGGCUGCUGCUUUAUCAGUGAGAGAACUGUAUUAUGUAUGUUUGCUCAAAAAGGUUUGGUAUUAGUCUUAUUAAAGAGAAAAAGGCUUUA